UUCUCCACGUCUUGUCAGCGAAAAAAAAAAAAAAUUUCUCCACGUCUCUUCGCUCAAGCCAUUUCAUUCUGGUCCAGGAACUAGGACUACUUGUCUAGUAUAUAAUUCCAGACACAGAGCUUGGCCACAGGACUUCAUUCUUCAAUCACAUAAGCGCCUCUCUCUCUCUCUCUAUGUUCUCUCUAUCUGGGUUUCCUUGCAGCACCAACCAGUACUCACCAAGUGCCACAUAAUCACCUUCAACCCCAGUAAGCUUCAAUCAGAGGUUUCUUUCAUGGGUCCUCUGCUUUUUGAAUGCCUUUCAGCGGAUAUAAGAAGAAGAUGUUAUAAACUAAGCACCACAAAAGAGUGUAGCUUUGGCCUCGCAAGACGAUGGCUGCUGGGUCUUGGAUCACGUCCACCUCGUGUUCCUCGUCCGUGAUUCAAUCCCAAGACGACACCUCAGCUCCAGCCAUCUUCCAAUGGCUGAGAUUCGUCUUCCUCUCCCCCUGUCCCCAGAGAGCUCUGUUAUCCUCCAUUGAUCUCUUGUUCCUGCUCGCCCUCAUCGCCUUCUCAGUCCAAAAGCUCUACUCGAGGUUCACCUCCCCCCGCGGCGGCGGCAGCUCGGAACUCGAUAAGCCGUUGAUAACAAACAGCAGAGCUCGCCGUCCCGGAACGACGCUCCGUUUCAAGCUCUCUCUGACUCUCAGCGUUUUCUUGACACUCUGUUACACCGUAGUGUGCAUUUUCGUGUUUACAAGAGGAAGUCCUGACUUCCCAUGGAAGAUCAUAGAUGGGUUGUUUUGGCUGGUGCAAGCUAUAACUCAUGGACUCAUUACGGUACUGGUGGCACAUGAAAAGAGAUUUGAAGCUGUCAAGCACCCGCUUUCGCUUCGUAUUUACUGGGUGGCCAAUUCCGUUGCGGUUUCUCUGUUUGCAGCUUCUGGAGUGAUUCGUUUGGUUUACAGUGAAGGAGGUUUGAGAUUGGAUGAUGUAGUUUCCAUUGUGUCUUUUCCUUUAUCGGCUGUUCUUGCUGUUGUUGCGGUUAGAGGAUCCACUGGCAUUAGAGUGAUGAACAGAGAACAAUCUAAUGGAGGAGAAAACGGUGUGGAGACUAAAUUGCAUGAGCCCCUCUUGAGCAAAUCCAAUGUGACUGGUUUUGCUUCAGCUUCAUUCAUUAAUAAAACCUUUUGGGUUUGGAUGAAUCCUCUGCUCAGUCAAGGGUACAAAUCCCCCUUGAAGGUUGAUGACGUUCCAACACUGGCUCCACAACACAGAGCCGAAAGAAUGUCGGUGAUUUUCGAAUCCAAUUGGCCUAAACCGGAGGAGAAGUCAGAGCAUCCGGUUCGAACCACAUUGCUCCGGUGCUUCUGGAAAGAUAUUGCUUUCACAGCUUCUCUUGCGGUGAUCAGGCUGUGUGUCAUGUAUGUGGGGCCUGUGCUUAUCCAGAGCUUUGUGGAUUUCACUAAUGGGAAACGAAGCUCGCCGUUUGAGGGAUACUACCUUGUGUUGAUUCUUCUGUGUGCCAAGUUCGUUGAGGUUUUGAGCACUCACCAGUUCAACUUCAACUCACAGAAACUCGGCAUGCUCAUAAGAUCAACUCUCAUAACUUCUCUGUACAGGAAGGGCUUGAGGCUGACCUGCUCGGCACGACAAGCUCAUGGUGUUGGACAGAUUGUGAAUUACAUGGCUGUGGAUGCUCAGCAGCUCUCUGACAUGAUGCUGCAGCUUCAUGCUAUAUGGAUGAUGCCGGUCCAGCUCACCAUUGCUUUAAUCCUGCUGUACAACAACCUCGGUGCAGCUACAAUCACAGCAGUGAUUGGAAUCAUGGGUGUGCUUGUGUUUGUGGUGUUUGGGACGAGAAGGAACAACAGGUUUCAGUUCAAUCUGAUGAAGCAAAGGGAUUCGAGGAUGAAGGCGACAAACGAGAUGCUUAACUACAUGAGGGUGAUCAAGUUCCAGGCUUGGGAGGAACACUUCAACAAGAGGAUUCAGACUUUUCGUCAGUCGGAGUUUAGCUGGCUGACCAAGUUCAUGUACUCCAUCUCGGCUAAUGUUGUGCUCAUGUGGUGCACUCCCAUACUUAUAUCAACCCUCACAUUUGCCACUGCCUUGUAUUUGGGUGUCAAACUUGAUGCUGGGACCGUGUUCACUACCACAACCAUUUUCAAAAUUCUGCAGGAGCCUAUUAGGACAUUCCCACAAUCUAUGAUUUCAAUUUCUCAAGCUAUGAUCUCGCUUGGGAGGUUGGACCGGUAUAUGAGUAGUAGGGAACUGGUGGAGGGUUCGGUUGAGAGAGAAGAAGGUUGUGAUAGUAGUGUUGCUGUGGAGGUUAAGAAUGGUGCAUUUAGCUGGGAUGAUGAAAGUAAUGAAGAGGUUUUGAAGAAUAUAAACUUGACUAUCAACAAAGGUGAGCUAACCGCGAUUGUUGGGACAGUAGGAUCUGGAAAGUCUUCCCUGCUGGCCUCAAUCCUUGGGGAGAUGCACAAAUUAUCCGGAAAGGUAAAAGUUUGCGGGACAACUGCCUAUGUGGCUCAAACAUCAUGGAUUCAAAAUGGGACAAUUGAAGAAAACAUCCUAUUUGGUUCGCCAAUGGACAGAGCGAGAUACCAGGAAGUUAUGAGGGUCUGUUGCUUGGAAAAGGACAUGGAAAUGAUGGAGUAUGGAGAUCAAACUGAAAUAGGAGAGCGCGGCAUCAACCUAAGUGGUGGACAGAAACAAAGGAUACAGCUUGCCAGGGCAGUAUAUCAGGACUGUGACAUAUAUCUUCUUGAUGAUGUCUUCAGUGCUGUUGAUGCUCAUACCGGAUCAGAAAUAUUCAAGGAAUGUGUACGGGGAGUACUUAAGAACAAGACCAUUUUGCUCGUAACCCAUCAAGUUGACUUCUUGCAUAAUGUUGAUCUUAUUAUGGUCAUGAGAGAAGGAAUGAUAGUACAAGCAGGAAAGUACAACGAUUUGUUAAGCCUCGAUUUCAAAGCACUUGUAGUUGCGCAUGAAAGCUCCAUGGAGCUUGUAGAAAUGAGCACAGCUAUGCCUGGUGAAAGUACUUCUCCCAAACCACAGAUAUCUCGGCAGUCCUCUUCAAAACAUGGAGAAGCCAAUGGCGAAAACAACUCUCAGCUGGUCGAACCCAAGUCCAAAGACGGAACAUCUAAGCUCAUCAAAGAAGAGGAGAAAGAAUCAGGCAAAGUCAGCUUGCAGAAUUACAAAAUCUAUUGCACAGAGGCUUUUGGAUGGUGGGGUGUGGUGCUAGUGUUGUCUCUCUCUCUUUUGUGGCAAGGAUCACUAAUGGCUGGUGAUUAUUGGCUGGCCUAUGAAACUUCAGCAAAGCGAGCAUUGUCAUUCGAUCCUUCUGUGUUCAUUACUGUCUAUGCUAUUAUCGCAGCUGUUUCAUUCUUCGUGGUAUUGGUAAGAGCAUUUUCUGUAACAAUUGUGGGGCUUACAACAGCUCAAGUUUUCUUCAAGCAGAUUCUUCACAGCAUCCUUCAUGCCCCCAUGUCAUUUUUCGAUACUACACCUUCUGGAAGAAUUUUGAGUAGGGCAUCAACUGAUCAGACGAAUAUCGACUUAUUUCUUCCCUUCAUUUUGGGCAUUACCAUUGCCAUGUAUAUCACUGUGCUCAGUAUCUUUAUCGUCGUAUGUCAAAACUCAUGGCCAACAAUCUUCUUACUCAUACCACUUCUUUGGCUGAAUAUCUGGUACCGGGGUUACUAUCUUGCAUCAUCUCGUGAAUUAACUCGACUUGAUUCAAUCACAAAAGCGCCUGUUAUCCAUCAUUUCUCAGAAAGCAUAUCUGGGGUUAUGACAAUCCGAUCUUUCAGAAACCAGAACAAGUUUACCAAGGAAAAUGUUAGGAGAGUGAAUGCCAAUUUGCGUAUGGAUUUCCACAAUAACGGCUCCAAUGAGUGGUUGGGAUUCCGUCUAGAACUGCUUGGGAGCUUAAUCCUCUGCAUUUCCACUUUGUUCAUGAUCUUGCUGCCAAGCAGUAUAGUAAAGCCAGAGAAUAUUGGCUUAUCACUCUCCUAUGGAUUGUCCCUCAACGGUGUACUAUUUUGGGCCAUAUAUAUGAGCUGCUUCGUAGAAAAUAGGAUGGUGUCAGUUGAGAGGAUAAAGCAGUUUUGUAACAUUCCAUCAGAAGCAGCAUGGAAGAUAGUAGAUCGUGCCCCUCCUACGAAUUGGCCAACUCAUGGCAAUGUUGAGCUGAAAGACUUGCAGGUCAGAUAUCGUCCGAAUACUCCCUUGGUUCUCAAAGGCAUUAGUCUGAGCAUUCAUGGGGGUGAGAAGGUCGGUGUUGUUGGUCGAACGGGGAGUGGGAAAUCCACUUUAAUUCAGGUGUUCUUUAGGCUGGUGGAACCUUCAGCGGGAAAAAUUAUCAUCGAUGGCAUCGACAUAUGCACGAUAGGGCUUCAUGAUCUCCGGUCUAGCUUUGGGAUCAUUCCUCAAGAACCUGUCCUUUUUGAAGGAACUGUGAGAAGCAACAUUGAUCCAAUCGGGGUGUAUUCAGAUGAAGAGAUUUGGAAGAGCUUGGAGCGCUGCCAACUUAAAGAUGUUGUUGCUGCAAAACCCAAAAAACUCGAUGCUUUAGUGGCCGAUGAUGGAGAUAAUUGGAGCGUGGGGCAAAGACAGCUUCUUUGUUUGGGACGAGUUAUGUUAAAGCGCAGCAGGCUGUUGUUCAUGGAUGAGGCCACGGCUUCAGUUGACUCACAGACGGAUGCUGCGAUACAAAAGAUCAUCAGAGAGGACUUUGCUGCAUGUACAAUCAUCAGCAUUGCUCACAGAAUACCAACAGUGAUGGACUGCAAUAGAGUUUUAGUAGUAGAUGCAGGAAGGGCUAAAGAGUUUGACUCACCAACACACUUGCUCGAGAGGCCAUCGCUGUUUGGGGCAUUGGUUCAGGAGUAUGCCAACCGCUCAGCAGGAAUUUAAGCAACAAGAAACUGUGCAUUUCUUUGGUUUCUCUAUUGCCGAUUCGGGUGGUUGCAUUGAUACUAAUCUUGGCAAAUUUUCAACAUCACUGCCUGCAUUGCUGCUGGAAGAAUAACAAUAUUCGUUGACAUAUCAACAUAAACAAGAAGAAAGUUCAAGUCAAGCCUGCCUACCUUAGACUUGUAGCUUACUAGCCAAGUAAAAUGUAGUAGCACCUACGUUAGUGUAUUUUGAGUAGAAUGUAUUUAGAUUAGAAAAACAUAUAUCAUGUCCUGGACCUUCUGUUGUCUAGAAUUAUAAAUCAAAUGCUUCUAGGUAAGUGACAAGGACAUCUCAGUUGUAUUAGUGUACUGAACCUGAAAUUUAUGGAUGCAGUCUUAUGUUCUACCCAA